CCCACCACUGGCCACUAUCCUCCUCUCUCUUAACGUCCUCCAAGCCUCACUCCCUCCUCCCCACUUUCUUCUUUGCUUCCAACUCAAGAAACACAUUUCCUACUACCGUCGGAUCGGAAAUCUGGGGGCUGGGGGCGGGGGAGAGGAGAUCUGACGGUCAGGGGAGAUGAGUUGCAACGGGUGCCGCGUUCUUCGAAAGGGAUGCAGCGACUCAUGCAUUCUGAGGACGUGCCUCCAAUGGAUCGAGAACCCUGAGGCUCAAGGCUACGCCACCUUGUUCGUCUCUAAGUUCUUCGGCCGCAGCGAUCUCAUGUCCUUCAUUUCUGCGGUGCCCGAGAACAAGAGGCCUGCUCUGUUUCAGUCUCUUUUGUUUGAAGCCUGUGGGCGCACGGUGAAUCCAGUGAACGGCGCCGUCGGUCUUCUCUGGACUGGUAAUUGGCACGUGUGCCAGGCAGCGGUGGACACAGUUCUCGCCGGAGGCACCUUGCGGCCGAUUUCCGAAAUUCUGGCCGGACCGAUCAAACCGGGUUUCGAUGAAGCUUCUGCAACGUUCUGUACCGACGCGUGGAAGCUACGUGACGCAUACUCGCUGUCGAAACCGUUCAUGCGUGACAAUGCCUCUGAGGAAGCCAAAAGAAUUGAGACUCAACCGCCUCACCUCGGAAUCUCCGCGACGGCGCGCUUCUCGAACAAGAUCAACGCCGGGAGAGGGAAGAGGUCGGGUACAUCGUUUUGUUCGGAAGGAUCAUCAGGAACGAUGAGCUACGAUGGAAGUGACGAUGAUCGUAACAUGUCUGGAUGCCAAGAGCGGAAGCUUCUCAACCUUUUUAUCUGAGCAGAGGUUUUUGGUGUUGAAGUUGCCGGCGAGUUAGGACUCAGUGAGUGGUCUUAAUGUAAAAGUUGUUUUUUUCUUUUUCUUAUGAAUAAAAUUUUGGGAAAUUCGAA